UAGUCUAACAUCUUUACAAUAUUUUAACUUAAAAUUGAUCCUUGAGAUCUUAAUAUAUUUUUUUAGCAAACAGUAUGGAUAAGCCUUCCGAUGAGCCUCACGAACGAUUGAAUAAAGGCGUACCUCUUCAUACAACUUAUGAACAAAAUGACGCUACGUGGUAUGGGGUGAGAGACAAGUAUGCUAAUGUGGAACCUGAUGAUGAACCUAAACGAAAGAGGUCACAUAAGGAAUGGAGUGAUAGAUUGUAUCCAAAGCAAAACGAUGAAGAUGAGGUCUUCCGUGGAUUCUCCCCACGGCAUGCGAACCCGAAGAGCUAUGAAGAGCAUGUAGACUGGGUGAGCUAUAGCCACAAACCUGCAAAAGUUGUAAAUAUAGUAACCAGAGAGAGCUGGGGAGCGGUUGAACCUUUGUCCGAGGAUUUUGUCCAAGGACCUCCAUUGUCUAAGGUCGUCCUCUUCUACACAGGCAUGGAGCCUUGCUUUACCAAGGAGGAAUGCUGUGUAGUAAUGAGAAAGAUGCAAAAGAUCUACAUGGAGGAAUGGCAUCUGUCUGAUAUACCUUGGAACUUUCUAAUAGGAUGUGAUGGAAGGGUGUACGAAGGACGAGGGUGGGGAAUACACCCUAAGAAGGUUAAUUCCCUUUACAAAUAUCGCCAACUAGAGGGGAAGAGCUACGACAUUGCGUAUAUUGGACCGUAUUAUAGAGGUAGAAAGGUGCACGCCGAUGAGAGGUCACUGUGGCCAAAGCUAUCUUUUCUCACACCAAUGUACCACGCUUUGAAGAACCUAAUAACCGCUGGAGUGAACGCCGACAUCAUCGAUGACGGUUUCGGUCUUAUAUCUCAAGUCAACUGCUGAGAAAUGCU